UAAAAGAAUUUAUAGCAAAAAUAUACAAAAAUUAAAAGUUGUUAACGAGCCCCUGAUCUCCCUGCCACGCAAAAUAUAUACAGAAAAAAAAACAAAAAAACAAAUACAACCAAGAAUUAAAACAAACAACUGUUUUCCAAAAACCAAAAAAAUUAGUGUUGAAUUUAUCAAUCAUUGAACUGUAAGCUAAAACGAAAAACGAAAAAAAGUUAAAUUACAUACUUACAUAUGUACAUAUGUAUAUGUAAAUUGGAUAUAAUUGAAGCGAAAUUGAAAGAACUUUAAAAAACUCAAACAAAUUACUAACAUUAAAACAAGAAAAUGGAUCCACAUGACGCGGAUAAUUGCAAGUGUCACAAGCAGACAGCGCCAGCACAACAAACGCUCAGUGAUAUGGAAUUCGAUCGUGGGAUCUGGAAUGCAGCUAUCUACAAUGAGCCGGAGCGCGUGCGCAGUUUCAUUGGCCGUGGCAAAUCCAUGGAUCGCGAUGACUUUGAUUACACAGCACUCCACUACGCAGCGCGCAAUGGCAAUGUUGAAAUAUGCAAAAUGUUGAUCGAUGAGGGCAAAGUAGAUGUGGAUGCUGUCACUAAAGCCGGUGCUACAGCGUUACAUCGCGCUGCUAUGAUGGGUCAUUUAAAUGUUGUAAAAUUAUUGGUUGCUGCCAAGGCCAAACUCCAACUGCAAGAUGAAUACGGUCAGACAGCACUGCAUCGGGCUGCUAUACGCGGUCAAUUAGAUGUUUGUAAAUUUCUGCUCGAAAAGGAUCCAACAUUGAAGGGAAUUAAGGAUAAGAAGGAGAAAAUUCCCUAUGAAUAUAUAAUGGAGAAUGCCAAUGAUGAUUUCAAAUUAUUGCUUAAGCCUUAGAGUCAAACCAAAAGAAAGAAAAAAAACAACAAAUUUAUAAGAAAUAUCAAAAGGAAAUAAUAAUUAUCAACUAAACACACAAAAGUUAGCUGACAUACACACACAUUUAUGCAUACUUACGUUGUACAUAUACAUAUACAUACAUACACACAAAUGCAAAGCCACGUUAUGCCCCGCUUUUUGACUUUGCUUUCUUACCUUGCACAACUAUCUUUGGAAUAAAACUGUUUGGCUUUUUCGGAUAUCUGGAAUUCAAAGGA